AUGAGCAAUAGCCACUAUACCGGCAGCCUAGACACGACAACUAGCAUUGUGGCCAUCACCUCGGCGCUGUGUCUAUACAAUGCACUGGAGCUGGUCUUGCUCAUCUUCACGACUUUUGCCAUUUACCGCGGCCUCUAUUUCUGGUCGCUGCUGGUGGCAACAACGGGACUGGUUCCCUACACUAUUGGGCUCAUCCUAAACUACUUCCAGGUGGCCAGCCUCGCGGGCCUAAUUAUCAACAACUAUGGAUGGUGGACGGCCAUCACCGGGCAGAGUGUGGUGCUGUACUCUCGACUGGGAAUCGUGCUUGGAAAAGGCAACGACCGGAUCCUCAAGUACGUCAAAUGGAUGAUCAUCGUCGACGGCCUCACCCUCCACACGGCGACCACCGUAGUCGAAUUCGGCUCGUACUAUGGCUCGCCGCCCGCCCAGGCGCCCUUCUCGCGCGCCUACACGUACGUGGAGAAGAUCCAGAUGACGGUCUUUUGCAUUCAGGAGUUCAUCAUCUCGGCCCUCUACCUCUGGAAGACGAUGGACAUCGUCAAGGCGCAGAGCCUCCAUGCAGCCUCGCCGACCAACACAUCCGAGCAGAGAAAGAAGAGACGUGUCCACCGGGUCAUGUGGCAGUUGUUUAUCAUCAACGUCGUCAUCAUCGUCCUGGACAUCGCGCUGCUGGUCCUCGAGUACCGGAACCUGCACAUCCCCGAGGUCGCGUUCAAGGGGUUCUGCUACUCGGUCAAGCUGAAGCUCGAGUUCGCCGUCCUCAGCAAACUGGUCGAGGUGGCGCGCUUCAGGAACGCGAGGCCCGUCCCGGUGAGCCUGAGCCACACUUUCGACGUCGCCUCCAACGACGUGACCGACAGCCUGCCCACCACGACCAAAGAUAAUGCCGACAUGGCCCUCGAUCUGGGCCGCGGAACUGGAACGACGGCAGUCUCGACCUCGAAGCAUCUGGGCCGACUGUCCCGGAGCGACAGCGCAUCGCCGCCAGAGUGGGCCGCGGACGUGCUGACACCCCCGAGACACAUUGCCGACGACGACGACAACGACGUGGAGAAGAACGCCGAGUGUCCGGGCCAGGGCCGACGACAGAGCUCAGCAGCGACAUUUGGAGGCGUACUCGAGCGUGGGGCGAGUUCCAUCUCGACCCUCGUCGCUGGGAACGUGGCGGAAUACCCCCACCAGCGCCGCGUCAGGACGGGUUCGGAAUUCCUCUACGCGGACGCCAUUCGCGAGAUAGCGCGGCGAGACUGA